CAUCGGGUUAGACGGACGCUGCCUUGGAAACGACAUAAAUCCGGUCCACGCGAGCAGGGACCCAGAUUUCUCCACUUCAAAGGCUUCCGCUCCUCUGCCCGCUCCGCCUCUUCUCCAUCCAACCAUCCAUCCUCCCUCCGGCCCGAGCCUCCAACACGAUCGUUCCGAAAUGAAAUGCGGGGCAGGGUGAGGAGAAACGGUGAGAAGCGUUUAAAUAACCGAGAGAGGAGAAGCGGAGAGGAGAAGGUGACGGGAGAGCCCGAAGCCAGGUAUAGACCAGCAUGCCGUUGGUGAAGAGGAACAUUGAGCCCCGGCACUUGUGCCGUGGAGCGCUGCCAGAUGGGGUGACUAGUGAGCUGGAGUGCGUCACCAACACUACACUGGCAGCCAUCAUCAAGCAGCUGGGCAGUCUAAGUCGUCAUGCUGAGGACAUUUUCGGGGAACUGUUUAACGAAGCCAACAGCUUCUACCUGAGGAUGAGCAGCCUGCAGGAGAGGGUGGACCAGCUGGCUGUGAAAGUCACCCAGCUCGACUCCACUGUGGAGGAAGUUUCUCUGCAGGACAUCAACAUGAGAAAGGCCUUUAAGAGCAGUACCAUUCAGGACCAGCAGGUGGUGUCGAGGACCUCUGUGCCCAACCCUGUGGUGGAGAUGUACCACCGCUGCGACAAACCUCCACCACUUAAUAUUCUCACCCCCUAUAGGGAUGACAAGAAGGACGCCCUGAAGUUUUACACCGACCCCUCCUACUUCUUCAACCUGUGGAAGGAAAAGAUGCUGCAGGCCACUGAGGACAAGCGCAAAGAGAAGAGACGGCAGAAGGAGCAGCAGAGGCAGGUUGAAGACCCGAGCAGAGAAGUGAAGAAGGUGCGUAAAGCUCGUAACCGACGCCAGGAGUGGAACGUCCUGGCCUACGACAAAGAGUUCAGACCAGACGCCAGGCUCGCCCCCUCCCCUUACCACGGCAUGUCCUCUGAAGGCUCACUGUCCCCAGAUAGCAGAUCAAUGGCGUCCGACUCCUACCCAGCCAGCCCCAACCACCCCUCCACCCAGGCCUCCAGCACUCCCCACCCCGCCGACCACCACACCAGGGAUCACCUCAGUGCCGCGGCCCAGACGCAGUCACUGGAUCGGGGCCUGAGGCCGGCCAACCAGCCCCCGGGAGCGGGCGGUGCUGCGGCAACAGGUCGGCACGUGGCCUCCCUGGGCCGAACCCCCUCGGGACACGGCAUCCAGGCCGGAGGAGAUCCGACAGUCAACGGGCCGAGGCAGCAGUCGGUUAAGGACUACCGCGCACACGGAGGGCAGCCCUCCACCAUCCCCGAGUACUACAUCCCGCCGGCCCCUCCCCCACCCCCACUAACCAUCCCUUCUGCCCAGACCGCCUUCGACUCCACCAACGCCCCGCCCUCCGCCACCUCCGCUGUCCCCCCGACCUCUUCCGCCCUCUCCCGUCCCUACUCACCCUCUCCUCCUCCUCCCCCAGCCAACUACGUGCCCUCCCCCUCCCACCCGCCUUCAGGCGCACCCCCAGCCGCCCCUCCUCCACCUCCUCCGGGAGCCCCCGCGGGCCACCAGGCCCACCCGUCACCCCCGCACGCCGCUAUCGGUCAGUCAGCUGUGGACGCGGCACCCUCGACGAGGAAGUCCACCAUGCUGGGGAUGAUCCCCAUGAGCGACGCCCGCUCCGACCUGUUGGCGGCCAUACGUAGAGGUAUCCAGCUGAGGAAGGUGCAGGAGCAGAGGGAGCAGGAGGCAAAGAGGGAGCCCGUUGGUAACGACGUGGCCACGAUCCUGUCGCGCCGUAUCGCAGUGGAGUACAGCGAGUCCGACGACGACUCCGAGCUCGACGAGAACGAGUGGUCCGACUAAAAGAAGAAAAAACAUAGAGAGAUGAAGUGGGGAGAGUUAAAGGGGGAGAAAUGUGACGCUAAGUUGAAACUUAAGGGGUUUGGUUAGUUUUAAUGUUCAUCAUCAACUAAAAAAGUCUGAUUAAAAAAGAAUAUCAGUCA